UUCUUGCUUUUCUUCUCUGAUAGAUGCUAUUUGCUGCAUUUCUCCCCCCAAUACAAUGAAAAACAGCAAAUUUUAUAAUAAUAUCGACCUAAGGAACAUCUUUUUCUGUGAAAUUGGCAUUGGAAUUUCAACCAAUGCAUUCAUACUUCUCUCCCACUUCCUCUCAUUCUUUCUCCAACACAAGCCCAAGCCCAUCGACCUGACCAUUGCUCUCUUGACUCUGACUCACUUACUGAUGUUGAUCACCAUGAGUUUCAUUGCUAGAGACACGUUUGGGUCCCAAGAUUUCUGGGAUGAUGUCAUAUGUAAAUCAAUUUUCUAUAUUUACCGGGUGCUGCGAGGUCUGUCCAUGUGCACCACCUGCCUGCUGAGUGUCCAACAGGCCAUCAUCCUCAGCCACAGUAGCUCCUGUCUAGCAAAAUUCAAACGGAUACCCUCCCAUCAUAGCCUGGGCUCCCUCCUUCUCCUGUGGGCCUGCUAUUGCACUAUCAGCAUUCACCUAGUAUUUACCAUCAUUGCCACCCCCAAUUUGACAUCAAGCAGCCUACUGUACGUCACUGAAUCCUGCUCCUUUUUGCCUUUGAGUUACUCCUUCAGUCAGCUGUUUCCCACACUGGUGACUUUCCGGGAUGUCUCCCUUAUAGGGCUCAUGGCCCUCUCGAGUGGCUACAUGGUGACCCUCCUGUGCAGGCACAAGAGGCAGUCCCAGCACCUCCAUGACACCAGUCUUUCUCUACGAGCCUCCCCAGAGCUGAGGGCCACAAGGGUCAUUCUGCUGUUUCUGUGGUCUUUUGUGGUAUUGUUCAGUUUGGACUGCACUGUCUCCUCUUUCCGAUUUAUGAGGAACAGUGACCCAAAUAUCUACUGCAUCCAGAUUCUUGUGGCCAAUGGCUAUGCCAUCAUCAGCCCUUUCGUUUUCCUCAUUACCAAAAAACAAAUAAUUCUCUGUUGGAAGUCCUUGUGGCAGAGGACAGUUAAUGUUUAAUUAAUCAGUGAUGGAUAAAUAAGCCAAUGCCCUGGCCUCAGAACAAUUAAUGGUGGCACCCAGUGUGGGCUCACUGGGUUAUCUGAGAUGCAGAGUUAUGCUCGUCUCUCAAAACUGUUUUCUUUCACCGAUGCACCUUAAAAAUAUGAGGCAGAUCAUUGAAUUACAGAACUUUGUGAGGUCACACAAGGGUUUCACGUUUCUGGAAACUUUCGGAAGGGAAAUCCAUGAGGUAUAGCCUGGGAUUUCCCCAAACACUUACUUGUAUGCGAUAGUUCACAAACUUCUCAGUGAGUUAAUAAUCUCAGAGGUAUAUGUUUUGCCUAACUAGCUAUGUAAGCUAUUAUGAACAUAAGCUAAGUACCAUUUGACCCAAUAUUCUACUCUGUGUGCACAUCAAUCAGAAUUAGA